GGGAGACUUGUUACUACUAAGGCAGAGUGUUUUGCAUAAUCUUAACUACUCUCUGAGAACAUACCAGUCACCUGGCCAGUUCGCCUAGGAUGUAAUGUGUGAUACAUGUCAAAGCGCGCAGGCUGGCUCACUUCCUUUGACAGCGCGGCGCGACGCGUCAUACACUUUUGGCCGAAGGAAUUUCACGUCUUCCCCACGCUGCCAAGAAGAACUUCCCACGCCAUUCCACCUGUGAGCUCUUCGAGUGGAGCUCACCUGGAUGGUCAAAAUUCAGGGGGUGAUGCCCAUCAUAAAAAGACAUUACUAGCCUGCUACAAAAAAAUGCAACUCGCUUUACAGCUCUGACCGAAACUUGGACGAUGGAUAAAGUUUCGUUGCCUUUCAGGUGUUAACGUCUUGGCUUAUGUACGUAGUUCCGGGUGUGUGGAAAGGUGUGUCCUCUGGCUGGAUGUAUGUAGGUAACAUUUGGAAAUAUGGCUGACUCUAUGGAAUUACAACGUAGGCCUAUGGAAAACAAUAAUAUUUCCGCUGAAACUGUUGACAAGGAACAGGUUGCAUCAGGGAAUGGAGACUACCGGCCCAACACAGCUGUGCCAGAGACAAGCUCUCUGCUUGGUAUACAGGUGGAAGAGGACAACAAUGAGGAUGGAGCUGACAACUCGGCGCCUACAAAGGGUGAGUCUUUUCUGCAGCGAGUGAAGAGGGAGCUGAAUGGACAGGUGUGUGGACUCAAAUUGUGGCUGGUCCUCAUCAUAGCCUUGUCGCUAGUGCUCGGCAUUGUCCUUCUGACAUUCAUCGGCUUCGGCAUCAGCAUAGCGGCUUAUAAGGACCCAGAUGAAAAGUAUGAUGUCAGCUCUUUUGUGGUGCCGCGAAUCUUCAACGGAAGUCUGAGUGUCAACCAGACCUUUUCCAGGAACACCACUGCACUGCAUGACCUUGCCACAGAACUGCAAAACAAGAUGAAUGCUCUUUACCGCUCCUCCCACGCCCUUGCACGAUACUUCAGACAUGCAAGGAUCAAAACGUUGAGGAACGGCAGCGUGAUCGUGGAGUUCUGCCUGGCGUUCCGCAUGCCUCUGGACUCUGACCUGCUGCACCGCUACACCCUGAGCCAGCAGAUGGUCUCCAGCGUCCUGCGCCAGCACCUCUACGACCAGAACACCAGCGGUGGCAGCGGCGACCCCCUCCACAUACUCCCCACCUCAGUCAGGUUACAGGAUGGUGCGUCUGGUUGUAACAGUUGAUGUGACUGAAGAGAGUUUCAGGACUACCUUUGAAUGUAGGAACACUUCCGCAUUCCUCGUUGGUGUCAUGGACUAUGUACAGGAAAGAUAGUGCAUGUGUGCGUGUGUGCGUGUGUGUGUGUGUGUGAGUGUGUGUGUGUGUGUGUGUGUGUGUGUGUGUGUGUGUGUGUGUGUGUGUGUGUGUGUGUGUGUGUGUGUGUGUGUGUGUGUGUGAGUGUGU